AUGCCUCUUGGAUUAUUCAUUGGAGAGGAACAGAAGGAGAACGAGGCUCCGUCAGUGAAGGAGCAGCCAGCUGUUGCGGGGCCCAAGAAGAGCCGAAAACCCAUCAAGGAGAUGGAGUUCAUCACCGUACACGAGUUUGACGCCAUACCAGCGUACAUGAAGGGGAGGGUGACGUAUGAUCAGUUGAACUCAGCCGUGCAGAGCUUCAACAAGGCCGUGACUGAGAAGUACAAGAUCCUGCACCAGCCUCCACGGUCGCUGAACAACCACUCUCGCAAACUGUACGACCGCUUCAAGGAGAACGAGACCGGCGAGACCAAAGGUCAUUUCUUCGUAGUGGAGGCGGAUCUGCGUGAGUUUGGGGAGGUGACAAUGGACAAGCGCUUCCUGAACCUACUGAGCAUGCUCAGACACUGCCAGCGCAUCAAGGAGCUACGUGGGGGGCGGAUCAUACGCUACCAGCUGCUCUGAACACACACACACACACACACACACACACACACACACACACACACACACACACGCACACACACCAGCAGAAGGCACAAUAUGCAAGCGAGGUGCUGUGGACGAUGAGUGUUACAAGAUGAUAACGGUCACAUCCUGGCCCCUCCCUCUGUCUCUGUCUGGGACUGUACAUUCUCCUGCCUCCCUUCCUCUGUCUCUGUGUCAUUUUAAAAAUGGCCUUCAUCACCCCUGUGUGUUGUUUUAAAACAGGGGUGGGGAACCUUUUUCAUUCGAAGGGCCACUUCAAAUUCAUCCGAGGGCCCUAAAAGUCCUCCGAGGGCCAUACUCUGAACACAAACCAGGAUUUUCCCCUUUCACUUUAGGCCUAUAUUGAAGGCAGCCAGCUUUUAAACAAACACCACCUCUAGUUUCCCUGAAUAUAACAUAAUUGUAUUGCUAAUGCAUUUUCCAAGAUUCCUUUACAAAGUAUGUCAUACAUGCAAACGGCCCUCGAGACAUAGGUUCUCUAGUUAUCUAAAAGCUAGUUUCUACUACUGUACAAUAUGCAGUAGUAACCGAUGCUAUCUAGAACACUGGAUACUACAGUUCCCCACCCCUGUUUUAAAACAUCCACCCUUCUCUGUCUGUUUACUGCUUCAGAUUUUCCCUCCUCUCCUGUUCUUCUAUUUGCCUUUAUUUGUAUUAUUUUAAAUGUUGUAAAUAAAACCACACAUGUACUGUAAAUAAAGACUUAUAAUGUGCUGGUAUAUUUUAAUUGAUUUGUAUUCCAUUGAGGAAGCACUUGACCCCUCUAGCCAACUAAGGCCAAGUACUUGGUGGCAAAGCCCUUGUUUUGUGUUGUGGUCAGAUGUUUCUUUUAGUUGAUGGUAAUGUUUGUGGAUGUAUUAGAAGGGUUUUUGUCUGUUGGUAAUGUAAAAGAUAUUUAGCAAUGUAAUAAUCUAAUAAAAUUAACUAUUGGAUGAA